AUGGGCAAUAUCAAGUCAAUCCUUGUCCAAGAAAUAAGCUUCAGAGAAAGAAAACGUAUCUUAGUCAAAACAGGACAGUUUGGCCUAGAACCUUCUUUGGCCGGAUUUCUUGUGCAUUUUUGGAAGGUGCAAUUGGAAGUUGCAGUUGCAAGUCAAUCUCGAUCAGAAGAGAAAGAACAAGAAGGAAAAAAGCAAAUUCCAGAUUUUCAGGUGCAAUUAGAAGUUGGAUUUGCAAGUCAGUCUCGAUCAGAAAAGAAAAAACAAGAAGGAAAAAAGCUGAUUCCAGAUUUCCAGGUUUUAUUGUUCUAUGCUAAAGUGUUUAUCAUUCAAAGUUUAGUGUCUUGGCUUGCUUGUUUGAGUUUUUUCUUGCUAGUUUCAAUAAUGUUUCCUAGGAAACAACUCUCAGGUUCUCAAAAAAGAAAAAGAAAGAAAAAAGAAGAAGAAAUUAUUCAAUCUCAACGGGGAUCUUUAGAAAGAUAUUUUGUUAAAGAAACAAAUGAAUCUGUUGAAAAUCAUGUUGAGAAUUUAGUAAAUGAACCUGAACUACAAAUUCAUUCUGAUGAGUUUGUAGAAAAUCAGAAUGAGGUGAAUGAAGAACUUGGUGAAAUAGGUGAAAAUGAAAGUGACGAAAUAGAAAAUAAUGAAAAUCCUUGUCAUGAUGAAAUUAUUGCUAAUGAACUUGAAUGCUUGAAAUCAUCUGCUGAUUUGAAUAUUUUUUAUCCUAGAGUUUGGGAUAGUCUAGAUUCAAAAAUGAGAGACUUGCUUGUAGAAAAAGAACCUAUUACGGAAUAUGAUAUCAACUUUCCUAAGGAUGAAUUAAGUCGGCACUUUUCUUCUGAGUUUUAUGUUCGAAAAUUACCAAAUGGUGAAACUUUUGCUAGAAAAUGGUUGAUUUACUCAAAAGAGCUAGAUAAAGUUUUUUGUUUCUGUUGCAAAUUAUUUAAAACAGCUCGCUCGAGAAGUCAAUUAGCAAGUGAAGGGAUAAGAGAUUGGAAACAUCUUGGUACAACAUUAAAUUUACAUGAAAACAGUUCUGAACACCUCAUUAACUUGAGAACUUGGGUUGAGUUGCGAGUGAGAUUGAAUAAGAAUCAAACAAUUGAUAAAGAGUUACAAGAGUUAAUUAAGAAAGAUACUGAACAUUGGAAAGAGGUUAUGGUCAGAAUAGUUGCUGUUGUGAAAUGUCUUGCAAAGAAUAAUUUGGCCUUUCGUGGAACAAAUGAAAAAAUUUAUGAAGAUUCUAAUGGAAACUUUUUAGGCUUACUUGAAAUGAUUGCUGAGUUUGAUCCUAUAAUGAAACAACAUUUUCGGCUUAUUCAAGAUAAAGAAAUUCAUUAUCAUUAUCUUAGCCAUAAAAUUCAAAAUGAGUUGAUUAGUAUGUUGGCCUUAAAUGUCAAGAGUGCAAUCAUUAAAAAAAUCAAAGAGGCAAAAUAUUUUUCGGUAAUCCUUGAUUGCACUCUUGAUGCAAGUCACAAAGAACAGAUGACUUUAAUUAUAAGAUGCGUAGAUGUGUUGAGUUCUCCUAUAAAAAUAGAAGAGUUCUUUUUAGAAUUUCUAAAUGUGGAAGAUACAUCUGGUUUAGGGCUUUUUAAUGAAUUACAAGCAGCUUUGAAAUCUCUUGAUUUAGAUAUUGAUUGUGUGUGAGGACAAGGCUAUGAUAAUGGUUCUAAUAUGAAAGGAAAACACCAAGGUGUUCAAAAAAGAUUGCUUGAUAUAAAUCCUAGAGCCUUUUAUAUGCCGUGUGGUUGUCAUUCUCUUAAUUUAGUAUUGUGUGACAUGGCCAACUCUUGUCAUAAAGCAAAAUCUUUUUUUGGAAGAUGUCAAACAAUUUAUACGGUGUUCUCUAAUUCUACAAAGCGAUGGAGUGUUUUACUUGAAUAUAUAGAUGACUUGACUUUGAAAUCUUUGUCAACUACACGCUGGGAAAGUCAUAUUGAAAGUGUCAAAGCUAUAAAAACUCAAGCUGCCCAGAUAAAAGAAGCCUUA